ACAUUUACGAGGACGUCUUGUUCUGAUAGAUAUAGGCUAAUUACGUGUAAAUUGUUUAAGUAUAAUUUAGUGAACUUAAGUUUAAAAGUGACUCCUACGUUUAUAACCAUUCGUGGGCAAAGUGUGCUAAUAAACUAAUGUAUUAAUCUAAAUAGAUACUGAUCCCGUUUUACUUUUCGCCGUCAAAACACGCUUUUAUUUUUAUCUGAAACUGUUCCGCCUUUAAUAAUGAUUAAUUUGGGUUGUUAAUAUAAAGGAAGUAAGGUAAAGAAAUAAGAUCCACAAACUCCAUCGCUGUUGAGUUGUUUGAUACCUGCAUCACCUGAGAACUGAGUACGCAGCACGCGUAAUGCGUUAAGGGCGGGGCUUAUGAGACCUCCCAAACAGUUACACAUUCACGAGGAGCAAACGCGCAGCAGCCAGCGGUACCGGACAGAAAGCCAAACAUCAGAAGUGAUCGAGCCAACGAAACGCUGUUAUUCGUCCUGGUUUGACCCGGACGCGCUCGAACAGUGCUGAGAAUGUUAGGUGACCAGCAGUGGUAUCCCACUAGCGUGCAGGUGACUGUACUUCAAGCGCGAAACCUGCGGAUCAAGGGAAAAAAUGGCACAAACGACGCCUAUGCGAUCAUGCAGGUGGGUAAGGAUAAGUUUUCCACGUCCGUGGCCGAGAAAAGCGUCGCGCCCGUGUGGAAAGAAGAGGCGACGUUUGACCUGCCGAUGGUCCAGCCGGAUAACGCGGACCGCUGUACGCUGUACAUCAUCGUCAUGCACCGAGCCCUAGUGGGGCUGGACAAGUUUUUGGGACAGGCUGUCAUCAACCUAGUGGACCUACACGCCAACAAAUCACGCAAUAAGACAGACUGGUACAAGCUGGUGGAAAAGAAUGGUAAACAAGAUAAAGACAGAGGUGAAGUUUUCUUGGAUAUCCAGUACAUGCGAAAUAACAUGACAGCUAGCAUGUUUGACCUCUCGAUGACGGAUAAGCCUCGGUCUGGCAUCUCCAAGCUCAAAGACAAGAUCCGCAAGAAAAAGAAAGACGGUUUCUCGGAUUCUGCCUCUGCGGUCGUGUCCAUGGCUGGAUCGGACAGUGAGGGAGAAGGAGUGGACACUCCAGAUUCUCCUAAGAAGAAAUCAAAAAUUAAAUCUUUGUUCGGAUCGAAGACAAACCUCCACAGGAACGUUUCCCAGUCCAUGUCGACCCUGGGCACCUUGCCUGAGAAGAACAGCCCAUUAAGCCUUAGCAGAUCAUCAGGCCUUAAUGUGGACUCUCCUGAUGUGAAGAAGAAAUUUAAAAUUCUGGGACACAAACGCAACGGCAGCACAGAUAGCAAAGUAUCUCUCGGCCCCUUUUCCCUACUGAGUCGCUCUAAACAAAACGUGUCCGAGCAAAAUAACCUCUGUAUCAACGGCAGCCACGUUUACGCGGAAGAUCAAGAUCCUAAAUCCGGUUCUACCCUCAGUCUGAACAACUCUGAAAAAGGUUCGGUGGAGGAUCUUCGCAAAAACCAUCAAAGAAAUAUUUCAGACGUCUCUGCUGAUUCAUUAAAAGGUCUAAGCAUCCCCUCCUACAAGCCUGAAGAUUCACUUGUCCAACAGCGUCCUCUAGAGGACAGGAACCCCGGCUUGCAAAUGCGCCGUCUGGAGGGGAACGAGGACAAAGCUAAGAAACCAGAAGGAAGAUCCCUGCUGGAAGAGCAAGAAAAAAGGAUACAGCUAGAACGAGAGAAACAGCAAGCAGAAGAGAAGAAACGCAAACUAGAAGAGCAGGAAAAGAAACGCAAAGAAGAGGAAGAGCUGCAGAGGAAGCGUCGCGAGGAAGAGGAGCAACGGCACCAGGAGGAGAACAGAGUGACUGAUAGGCUCUCCUCUCUGUUUGGCAUCGGUAAGAAGAAGGAGGAAAAGAAAGAGGAAGCGAGCACCCAAGAACCCAAACAUUUGGAUGCGCCAUCCUCCAUAAACCCAUUUGAAGAAAUUCCCCUCACUCCAGAUAAUCCUUCCUCUUUACCAGAAGAGAAAUCAGCAGACCCCCGGAUGGAUGGCCGGAUCAUCCUUUCUCCAAUGCCACCCGCUUUCUCCAACCGUACAGCUAAAGUGUCUGCGGUCAAGCCAAGAUUGGCUGCAAGUGUGCUGCCUGACACUGAUAAUAGCCAAUCCCACUUUUCCCCAAACGCUUCCACCCUUUCCCCAUCCCUCCCUAAAGUGUCUAUUGGUAUGUUUUCUGACCUUCAUCCUUCUCUGGCACCACCUAAACCUCCAAGAAGUUUCAGCGAGUCUCCUAGAAACAGCAUGGAAGACCUCUCAGGAAUUGACUAUGCAAAAAAACGAAGAGCUCCCGUACCCCCUGGUUAUCCUACAGCUUCCUCCAAGACUGAAAGUUACAAUGUUGAUAAUGGAAUUGACUAUGCAAAAAAGCGAAUGGCUCCCUUACCCCCUGGAGGACAAGUGAUUACCCAUAACCCCAAAGACAGCCAGAAGCCUUCUAUUCCACUUCCAGACUAUGACAUCCUCUACCCUAAGAAGAGGCAUGGAGUGGUUAGUCAAACACGAUGGGACCAUGUUAUUGCUGAGGUAAACCAGAGAAACUGGGAUUUUUCCGAAGAAAUUAAUGUAGAUGGGCCUGAGCCUGUGUCGUAUAAGCCUGUGGUCUUAAAGGACAGAACCUCGGCAAGCCUUAACCAGCAGCAAAAAAAUCCAGAGGCACCUCACCCUGCCACCUCAAAGCACAAGGAACCGCUCACCCCACCCAAACCAGCUUUGUCUGCUUCAUCAAACGGCCAAUAUCCAUCGGUUCAGAGUCGAUAUGUACCUCACGGAACAGAAAGAAAAGCUCAGACUACUGAGGACUUUAGCCGGCAGCCUCCCCUUGCAAAAGAGAUGCCAACCCCAGCUGCUAGAUCCCUAAAUUCAAAGGCUGAUAGGGAUUCAGUUGCCGACAAUGUUACUAAAGAGAUGCCUGUAGUCAAACCCAGACAACGUUCAGUAAUCAUGGACCCAGUCGGACAAGAUCAACCAGACAAGCAGGUUUUGACUCAUCCUGUGACUUCAGAAAGCAAGCAACACAGUGACAUCACAAUAAGUGCACCUACAAAGAAUGGAGCUGCCCACAGGGAACGUUUCAAUAUGGAGGCAUUAGAUGAAGCCGACAGCUCCAAGAUUCAGGGAGUUAUUCGUUCUAAUAAGGAUAACACAUCGGCAAACAAAAAGACCACUGAUCCAUUCACAAAGAUUUCUGAGAACACGGCAGCAAAGUUAGAGAACAAGUCAACAAGCUUCACCGAGCAAGCCAGGGAAACGUUCCAAAGAAAUUUUUCAUUCAAAAAAAAGAAUUCGUUUCGCAAAUACCCAACUUCAAAAGUAAAUGAGAAAAUUGCCCUGGGCCGAACGGUGUCUCAGUCCUCAAAUGAUACCGAUGAUGUUGAACUGACUGUGACUAGUGUUGGGCCACCAAGCCUAACUGAACCCACUCUUGAAACAUUUGACCCCUCUGUAGCUGGUUUGUCUGGGGGCAAGAACGCACUUCGUGCUUGGGUCUCGCCAUCAGAGGCGCAAUCAAAUUCAAAUUCAAGAAGGCCUCACCCAGUAAAACCAUUGAGUGCCACAGAGAGCCAGUCCAGCAGUCCUCUUACUGUGGGGAAAGAUCUGAAGUCCCUCACCAUCAGGGAAAUGGCUGAGAAGUCAAAGAACACAGACGGCGCUCCAUACACUCAACUCACACAGGAAGAGCUGAUCACACUGGUGGUGAAACAACAGGACGAGCUCUCCAAGAAAGACGUGAAGAUCAGCGAGCUGGAGGAAUACAUUGAUAACCUGCUGGUCCGUGUCAUUGACGAGAAUCCCAGCAUCUUGCUUUCACUUCAAUCCAAGUGUUAGGGUUCAAAUCGAGCAUCUGUCUUCCCCAUGACCAUUCAUAACACUGGGACACUUUAAUAUUGUGCAAUUUCAGUCUGAAUGUGUUUCGCAUCUCUUAAGCUUUUUAUCUGAGUAUUGAAUUUGACGCUGAUAUCAUAACUAAUAACUUGACAUCAGGUCCAACAGUAAAUGACAUGAUGCAGGAGAGUAGUUAUUAUAUAGGGUGUUUUUGUUUUGUUCUGGUACGAACUUUCUCUAAAUUUUCCCAGCAACAAAAGCAGCCUAUUGAUUGAAUGAAGUUUGACUAUGCAGAGUUAUCUAUCCCUUUAGGCAAACAGAGGGCUUCUCAAUGCAUUAUUUAUUUGUAUAGAGUCUUAAGCUUGUUUUUGAAGACCUUGUGCCUGGCUUGCAUUAGUAGUGAAGAUGAUGCCUUAAAUCUGUCAGGACUGGAGGUUAAGUUUAAGGGCAGGGAACAAUCCUUAUACUGUGUACGGUGAUGCGAUGUACAUUUUGACUGUUAGCCCUUUAUACUUAAACUGUGUGAUUUAUUUAUGAAGGAUUAUUCUUUUUAUAUGGAAGUGAUUAUUAUCUGAAAUACUCUUGAAUUACUUCUGUAGAAAUGUUUUUAGCAGAAUUAUAUUUUCUUGCCUAUAGUGUAUGUAGGCCUACAUUUCUGCUUUGUUUUUACACUGGAGGUAUAAAGAUACUUGGUCAAUAUUGCAUUGCAUAGUAGUCAAAUUUGUUUUUUGUAGUUUUGCUCAUUUUCACAAAUCAGAAUUUACCAGCCUGAUGGGAAUUCGUAAUUACUUUGAGGCGGCUAAUUCGUAAGAAUUCUACAAUGUUAAUUUUAUAACAACGUAAGAUUAUUAGAAUAAAGCAAUAUUGAAGCCCCACCCCUAAACCCAAAGUCAAUGGGCGAACGCAGAUCAUGCAAAUUCAUAUGAAUUCGCUAUCACAUACUUUAAAUAGUUACAAAUGCCAUGAGAUUGAAUUCUGAUCUGAUCUGGCAGUCAGCUGUUAAAUCAGUCACUAUAAUACAAUAUCAUAUUUUAAUCUAAUACAGUUUGUAUUAUAUAGCGAUAUUGACCAGGUAUCAAUUAAAGACAGUCUUAAUCUUUAAGCAGGGGGCUUUAUAGUGUGACAUACAGCAAUAACUUUUGUUUUUUUCCUGAAUUGCUGGUAAUUUGGUACUUGCACAGCAUGAUCUUGUUGUGUGGUGUAUGUAACAUUUAGCCUGUGUACAGUACAGUAGUUGACAAAAGCACAAAACAUACCCCUAUUUUUUUAUGUUUUCCUGUUUGUAAUAUUUAUUGUAAUUGGUGAUCAGACAAAUUUGCCACUUUAUGGUUAGAAAAACACAAUCAAACCCAACAAGACAGACAGCAAUAAUUCAUUACUGAUAUUUUUUAUUAUUUUGGCUCUAAAGCUGUACAUGUUAUGUGUUUUAUAUUCAUGUUCAUUUAAGUAGUCAUGAGACUUCAUAUUCAAAAGCUUCCAGUGUGACUCAUUUAUGACUUUAAAUGAGUUUAUUGAUACUGUAGCAUGUUGACUGUUAACAGCUCUAUAUAACAUGAGCCAAACACUGUCUGAAUUAAAAUUAAAAGCCUUAAAAAGAAAAACAUAAGUUUUGUAGACCUGUGCCUUGUUUUCAAUAAUGUUUCACUUGAAGUCUUUCAAUGCGAGUAAACACAAAUCUACUGUUUUGUUCUUUUAUUUUAAUAAUCAAAAUAACCUUGAUUAUGCCUCCAUAAACUAAAUAAAAAUCUUAACUUA